UUUUAAGAGCUGAAACUACCCCUUGAUGAUCUUUAUGUUCCAGAUGCCUAGGUUUAACAGGGAGCAAAAAUGUUUACUGAAUAAUAGUGAUACAAGAAGAGAAUAAAUGCUUUGAGAAAAUCAUUGGGCGAUAUCAGAACUUUGCUGUCAUGUCUUUUUAUAUUAUUUCUAGGGAAUAACCUGUGCAAAUGACUUUGGGGAACCACAGCAUCGUCACUCAAUUCCUCCUCCUCGGGCUGUCUACUGACCCACACAUCCAGGCUCUGCUCUUCGUGUUGUUCCUAGAGAUUUACCUCCUGACACUAAUGGGGAACCUGAUGAUGCUACUGGUGAUCAGGGCUGAUUCUCACCUUCACAUGCCCAAGUUCUUCUUUCUGAGUCAUCUCUCUCUCCUGGAUCUUUGUUUAUCUUCAGUCACUGUGCCCAAGAUGCUGAAGGACCUCCUGUCUGAGACAAAAACCAUCUCACUAAGGGGCUGCCUGGCUCAAGGCUUCUUUGUGCUUAUUACUGCUGGAACUGAGUGCUUUCUGCUCUCAGCAAUGGCCUAUGACCGCUAUGCCGCCAUCUGCCACCCUCUACUCUAUGGACAAAUGAUGAAGAAACAGUUGUGUGUACAGCUUGUAUGGGGCUCAUGGGGUUUGGCUUCUUUGAAUGCAUUUAUUAACACCCUUCUAGCUGCCAACCUGGACUUCUGUGAGAACCAUACCAUUAGCCACUACAGCUGUGAGGUACCCUCUCUCUUCCCUCUGUCCUGCUCUGAUGUCUCCAUCAACCUCAUAGUCCUGCUGUGUUCCAGCCUGGUGCAUGGAUUUGGGACCCUCCUCCCAAUAGUCUUUUCCUAUGCUCGUAUUGUCUCCACUGUUCUGAGCAUCAGCUCCACCUCAGGCCGAAGCAAGACCUUCUCCACCUGCUCGUCCCACCUCACUGCAGUGAGCUUCUUCUUUGGCUCUGGGUUUCUCCGCUAUCUCAUGCCAACUUCAGGAUCCCCUCUGGAGCUGAUCUUCUCUGUGCAGUAUGGUGUGGUCACUCCCAUGGUGAAUCCCCUCAUCUACAGCCUGAAGAACAAGGAAGUAAAGGCAGCUGUGAGAAGAACACUGGGAAAAUAUAUGCGAUGGUCCAGAUGA